GGUCGCGAGCUCUAUCGAACCGUAGUGGGGUGGAGAAUAGAGGGGGCAUAGAACAGUUAAGGUUAGUGAAUUGACCUUGACAAGAAAAGAAAAAAAUCAUUAAUUUACUUUAUUUAAGUUUUUUCGCCAGACCAGCAAUGGAGUAAAGAAUCUGGUUAAGCUCAAAGGAGUUCAUAAUGGCAUUUAAUGGGCACCAGGGCUCAUUUGUAAAUCAUCUCUUUCUCACAAAUCAUCGUCAGGAUAGUGUAAAUAUAGGUGGUGGAAACAACGAAAGCAUGGCACUGCCCUUUGUUUCCAUCCCCAGCGGGUCACUGCAGGAACAGGACACAACAUCCUACGUGCCCUGGUCUCAUAAUGCUCAUGAUGAUCCCUGUGAACUUGUCAAAUAUGCCCAGAGCAGCAUUAAAAGCAGGAAACCCACUGAUAAUACUGAUUGUGAUGGAGAGACUGAUCUGCAGGGUCUAGUGUCAAAUAUUUUGGAUGAAGCAGAUUCACAGGACAACUAUUACAGUGAAGGGAAGUCCUCAAUUAUUUUUAGGAGCCUACCUACAUGUAAUCCUGUCUGGUCUCCAAAGACACUAAGAGAAGAUCUGCUACAGUAUUUUCAAUCAGAGGCUAAAAUGCAGCAAAACCCUACCUUUCCUCCAAACUAUAUGUCCUGUGAGGCUUUCGGCAAAGCACAGAGAAAAUCAGUGUUUAAAGAUGUUGAAGAGUUUUGUCAGCAGUCCAAUGGCCUCUCUUCCAAUCAACAUUGGCUUUUUAAUUUGCCUAAGGGAGACAGGGACAAUUACACCCUCCAUCCUCAGAAACUGCCACCAGGUCUACCAGUGCCCAACAAAGGAAAUGCAUACCUGUCACAGAUACAACAAAGCAAAUAUGACACCAUGUCAGCUGAUAGAGACAGAGGAAACAGUCCACCUAUGAUUAAUUUCCCUGACCUCAACAAUGCCUUUAGACAGAAAAGCGAAAUGAACAGCCCCUGCUUUGAUCCUUACUAUGAAGACCACUACAUCCAGAACAGCACAAAGCCCAGCAGUCCUGAGCAGUAUGUGCAGCAAGACAAUAACCAACUGGUCAGCAGUUUUCAGUUGUUCAUGGCUGGUGAGCAGGACAGCUUUUCUCGUGGAGACUUUCCAAAUAUGCACAAGCAGGGACUGGCCAUGCACCAUGAGGACAACAUGGUUGAACAAUGGAAAGUCACCAGUCCUGUAAUGUCAGCACAAAGUACUCCUGCAAUCCAGACCCAAAAACAGCUGGUUGAAGAAUUUGGGAUAGUGCAAAGAAAUGGAGGACUGAGGAAACAAGCAUUUAAAAGUGACACCUAUCAAGAUCUGCCUAGUUUCAGCCCACAAAACAGAGAACACUUCCAGCAACCAAAGCCAUUCUCUACAUCUUUAAACUUCCCAAACCAACACCAAAACAGUGUGACCAUACACAGAGGGAACAUUAAUGUGAGCAUGAACCACUAUUCAAAACAUCACAACCGGCAGGGCCAGAUACUGAACAAGAUCAGGUCACAGACGCAGAAAGAAAAGAUGAUGUAUGUGCCUGGCGUUUUGGGAGAAAGCUUCUCUCCAAGACCCCUAACCAACACUUACAUGAGAGAGAGAGACAAGAAACAGGCUCUGUCACAAAACCCAUACUUUGACCUCCAGGGAAGCAUGGAGUCUCAGAGGUUUGAUGGAGAAAACAGCAUGCAGCGUGCAGGGAAUACACAGCAGUUCAUGCCUCUCAUCUCUCCUGUAAAUGACCCCAGAAGGCAGUCCAGCAUUCCCAUAAACUGUAACUUCAACUCUAGAGCCACACUGCCUUAUGGAGGCAGUGCUCCUGCCAUAGAUGUGGGUGAUAUGAUGUUUGCCAGUGAGUCUGCAGCUUUCGGCUCCUGUGUCAGCAACAUGAUGACCCACAGAGGAAAGAAUACUUAUCAUGGCAUGGCACCAGUCAUCAGUUCAGUUUUGAUGAAACAAGGAGGACCUGUGAUCCAGCUCUACCUCUUCCUGGACGAGUGUUAUGAACAGUGGAGGUGCUUGGAGAAGGAGAGGAAGAGGACAGAGGUCAUUCUCACCAAGACAUUUGUUGGGAAACGGACUGCCUCAGUGACCAGCACCAACCUACCUAAAGCUCUACCAAAUCCCACCAGAGUCGACCAUCUCAUUGUUAAACAAAUCAGAGAACAAGCAAAGGUCGCAAGCCUUCUGGAUAGGAUGGAGUGUCUGCAUAACGUCCCCCUCCCUAUGAACAUCCACACAGCACUGAACACGCAUCAAAUGGCCAUUUGCAUCACCCAGGCAAGACGCAAGGAGGAGAUUGCCAACAUGCCCAAGCUCCAGGAGCAGAGAGCUCAUUUCACAGAAGACAGAGACACCCUGUUGUUGGUUGCACUGAAGGACCUAGCUGCUACCACGAGGAAGCUCCGCACAGCCCUUUGGUGUGCUCUUCAGAUGACACUGCCAAAACCUGUGAGGAGGCAGUGUCAUCAUGUUGAGGCCCCACACAGAGAGAGAUGCUUCUCUCCAUUUGAAGGAUAUUCUUUUAAGUUAUGAGUUAGCAGGCAACAGUGAUCACUGCAGAAUAUGAGAUGAACAACUUGAAGUGUGGCGAUGGCUGCAUUUAGCACCAAGGAGCUUCAGGUAGCUACCCUUUGUUGUGUAGGAAUUGCGUGUAAUGUAAUUUAUCCAGCUGCAUCGUCAGCUUCAUUUAAUUAGUGUCAGCUCCAAAUUAACGUGAAUCUUGUUUCAUCACCAUAUUUAAAGGCUCUAUUUAUGUGGAAGAUUUCAGCAAAUUCUUUAGUGUUUUACUUAUUUAUUGAAAUGUAACAGUUCUGGUUAUUCCCAAAGCAAUAAUUGAAUCAUAAAGGCGACAGUUUACAGUGAACAUGCUAAAUGUUGAAAUGUUUUCUGAAAUGUUCCAGUUAAUUUCUGCAGCUUCGGAUUGUCUUGUGUAACCCUAAUAUGUUUUAAUCAGAAAAAAGUUCUAUUUUAUCUGCAGUUUGGUCAAGUUUAAACUGUCAAUGAUCCUCAGACGUCAGAAAACUUAAGUUCAGUGUUUUAAAUGUAUUAAUCACAUUUUCUACAUAGAAACUUAACAGUAUUAAGAAACAUCAUUCUUAUCAGUGAUAUGCAACAUAGCCAAGUAAAAAAAACACUGAAUGCAGUUUUGCCUUUGA